UACUUUCAUUUGAAUCAUUGUGCAUUUGACUGAUGGUCUGCUUUGAGUCUGGACUUUAUUUCCGCUUUGUGAGACACAGAUGCAGGUCUGAAAUUAGCUGAAACUUCCUCGGGCAGGACUCAGCGACUUAAAGCCUCCCACGUUCUUCCCCUCCUCUUCAUGCGCCCCGGGCUGGAGGUGGAGCCAGGCUCUGCGGUGACCAACUGGGCUCCCGGUCAUUCAUUCAGUCAUUCAGUCAGACGAGGUGUAAUAAUCAGGAGAUAAACUACCAUGGUCCUUGGAGACUUGAAUGAUCCCCUACGGAGCCUCUGAGGAGAAGCAGUCAUGGCGAGGUCAAAGGCGAAGGUGUACACUUGUUGCGCGCUGCUGCUGAUCUGCUUCGUCAUUAUACUUGUGUGUAUUGUUGUAUCUACUAGGCGCAAGUGUCCAGGUGGCACUUUCUCAAACGCUGCAGUGGCCGCAGACUCUGAGAGAUGUUCAGAGGUUGGACGAGACAUCCUUCGGAGUGGAGGCUCGGCGGUAGAUGGCGCCAUUGCUGCGCUCCUGUGCACAUCCGUGGUGAACCCGCAGAGUAUGGGCAUCGGUGGGGGGUCCAUUUUCACGGUGAUGGACGGCUCUGGUAAAGUGAAAAUCAUCAACUCCAGAGAGACUGCACCAGCAAAGAUAAAGCCUGAUCUGCUCAAGUCAUGUCCCAAGACCUUCCAGCUGAUGUCAGGUAGCCAAUGGAUUGGGGUCCCAGGGGAAAUUCGGGGUUAUGAAGAGGCACACAGGCUUUAUGGGAAGUUGCCGUGGGCCUCUCUCUUCCAGCCAACCAUCAAACUGGCCAGAGAGGGGUUUCCUGUUCCUCCAGUCCAAGGUCAAUACAUCUCACACACCGAUACAAAUGAGACGCAGCAACUACGGAAAUUAUUUUCAGAUGAUAACGGGAACUUGCUCAAGGUCGGGGAUAUAGUGAAAUUUGAAAAACUGGCCGACACUUUGGAGUUUAUUGCCAAUCACGGUGCAGACGGCUUUUACUCUGGAAGAAUAGCUGAGGAUUUAAUACGUGACAUACAGGAAGCAGGAGGAUCGCUCACACUGCAGGAUUUGGCGUCGUACAGAGUUACAGUGACUGAUGCGUGGGUUGUUCCUUUGGGAGAGUACCAGAUGUACAUACCCCCACCCCCUGCAGGAGGAAUCAUCCUCAGCCUAGUCCUCAACAUCAUGAAAGGAUAUCACUUGAAUUUAACAUCUCUGACUGGUGAACAGAAGACACUGACUUAUCACCACUAUGUUGAAGCUUUUAAAUUUGCCAAUGGAUUAAAGAAACACAUCCGGGAUCCACAGUUCAGCUCAGAAGAAAUGGCAAAGAAAUUCACAAAGGAUAGCUUUGCAAACCACAUACGGAGCUUAAUUAGCAACAAGACUCAUGAUCCCCAGUAUUACAACAUCACGCCGUACCUGGACACGCUGGGCACAUCUCAUUUGUCUGUGCUGGCUGAAGACGGAUCUGCUGUGUCUGUCACCAGCACCAUCAACCACAUAUUUGGCUCCAAGGUCUUCUCUCCGAGCACUGGAGUCAUCCUCAACAACCAGCUGUACGACUUCUGUGGGAGAGUUGAUGUCAUCCUUCCUGGGGAGCAGCCUCCUUCCUCCAUAUCUCCCGCUGUGCUGAAGUCUCAGCUGAAGACGCUGGUGAUUGGAUCGAGUGGUGGGGGUAUGAUCACAACCGCGAUGGCCUCAACACUCAUGAACCACCUUUGGCUUGGAAAGAGCCUUAAGGAGGCAAUUGCUGCUCCGGUUGUUUAUGUCAACUCUGAAAAUACAGUUUACUUUGAACCCAGCUUUGAUAAGGAUGUAAUAGAGGCUCUUAAAGCUCUGGGACACAAUCACCAACCAAAAGAGAAAUUCUACAACGUGGUUAAUGCUGUGGAGAAGGAGGACGGCUGUAUCUGUGCAGUGUCUGAUACCAGGAAAAUGGGUGAAGCAGCCGGUUACUGAGACCAAGAGUCAGCUAUGAUUUUUAUACAGGAUACUCCUGAAGGUUACAGAGACCUUCCUGCGACCACAAAACCCGCAGCAGAUGGUGUCUGUCCUGCUGGAAAAUCAUUGAAAACAACCUGAGUAACAAGCUUCUUCAACUGAACACCUGCGGUUACAUGACGCAGUCGUACGCGUGGUUUCUGAACAGAACAUGGUCGUAACAAUGACAUGAUGGAUUUUGUUGUGAAAGAAGAAACAACAACUUUUAUUUGUGAAUCUUGCUAACUUUGUCUGAUUCCUCUAUUCAGUGUGUAGACAUUUUUUUUUUUAAAUCUCUAAUGCCAUUUCUGCCUCUGUUUCUAUUUCUUACAUACAGGGGGUCCUCGGCUUAUGUCUGAGUUCCGUUCCUACGGCUCGACGUAAAUCGAUUUUCACCGUAAGACGAAACUCCGUUGCAAAUGUAAACAAAGCCGCUACGUGCAUCACGAUAUCGAUCAGUUGUUUGGAAAAGUCAUGAAUACCAAUGACUUUCAUGCAUGUAUGAGUCAUUUUACAAGAAGAUAAGAGAAUAUGUUGCACUGUUUUUACAACUUGACCCACUUGAUUACACUUGGGAGCCAUAAUGAAGGGCUAAAAGUUAGCAAAUGUAGCACAAUCCAAGGUGGCGUACAACCGGCGAAUGUAAACAAAACUGUCUUAUAGCGCUGUGUGACGACGUAUUCAUCCGCUCCACUCGCCAACUAGUUCUACGUAACCAGUUCUGAUGUAAUGACGAAACAUCGUAGGUCAAGGAUGUCGUAAAACCGAGGGCCCCCUGUAUUUCUGUUGUGAAAGAGGUAACAGAACUAGUCGACUCUUACCCAUUCCACCACAUAAGUAACUUCAUAGUACAUUCAUGGUAAUCUCUGAGACACAGAAACUGCACAUAGCAGGCCAUUUUUAGCAGUCAAUAACUGGUUUGUAUCUAGUAUUAUCAACUAUCCACAAACUGGAGCUGUUCUUUUGCUGUCCUUUUACCACUGUUUAUGGAAUCCGCAUACAGUGCAUGAAAUAUUGAUAUUAUUUUUACUAUUCAUAUGAAAUAUAUUCAUUUUUUACAUGCUUUGUGUACAAUAUUAAAAUAUUGUGUUAUAAAAUUUGAA